CACCCUCCCCUCUAAAAUGGUGCAAUAGGACGUUGUUUUAAUCUCUUUGUUCGUUAGUUUCCGUCAGGAUACCGGUGGGUUCGGUUGGUUCCUGCGAAGGCUUGUGUUCCACUGAUAUGAAAAGAACAUUGAAAAAGGAAAAAGACAAAGAAAUGUGCAGUUUGCGCUAUCGUUCGAGAAAGUUGAGAGCAUAACUUACUAAAAAAAAAAAGUCAAAGAUUUCAAUUUUUAUUUUAUUUUUUGAAUAGCACUUUUGGGCUCUCCUGUCCGCGGGUGGAGAGAGGGGUUAGUUCUUACAACGGGAAUCCUUUUAAUUCUAUGUAUACAGUUGGAUGUGUGAAAAAAAACAAAUAUAUAUAUAUUUCCAUAUAUGUGCAUAUAGGUCUGUGUGUUGGCAAAUGUGUGAGUAUGUCGGUGUGUGUGUGUGCGUGUGUGUGUGUGUGUUUGUUUGUGUGGUGCGUGUGGGUACGUGUGUGUUCCCAAAGCACAUGUGUGUGUGUGUGUGUAUGUGUCUGUCUGCGUGUGUGUGUCUGUGUCUCUGUGUUUGUGUGUGUGUGUGUGUGUGUAGUGUAACGACAUAACUAACCUCCAGGUCAUGUACCAAACACACAUAUUCAGUAUAUUUUAUUUUUCUUGCUUCAAUGCAGUAUUUUUGUAGUCCCCAUGACUUAUUAACCGUCUUGACUGUUAUCAAACCUAGAUAAUUCAGGAUAUAUCAAUAUAUAUGAAUAUAUAUUAAUUUCCACGGGUAAUAGAGAACCAUACUUACAGGUUAGGUUUGUAAAAUGCUCACGUGCAUGCAUGUAUGUAUGUAAUCUCUCUCUCUCACACACGCGCGCACACACACACGCGGACGAACACGGAUACGACACACCAAUCAGAACACACAGACAUGCGUACACACACCCAGUCACGCAUGUGUGCGUGGACAUUGUAUGAUUGUGCUUCAAAAUAAAAGCUGUCCAGACUUUGAAGAUGGUAUUUUAGAACGAGUGUUCCCUCAUAGACAGGCAUGUUGAACAUGUGCAAUAUUUCUAAACAACAACAAACAAAAAAACAACUAAAUAUUGAAUAUAUUAAAGACCUAACACAAUACUUUAGGUCCUUGUUGUUAUUUCAAAUUGUUCUAAUUGUUUUGUGGUUUUAUUCUGCUAUAUAGCCCACACAGUUGCUUGUAGUGUUCUAGCUUUAUCAUACUUUAUCAUACAAUUAAGACAGUUUGGGGAUUUCAUAGAACGAACUAAUGAACCAUCUCCAAUACUUCCACUUUUUAGGUCUUUUAGUAUUGAGCAUCAUAAAACCUGUACAAUAAGUAUUUAGCUAAUUGAAUGUCAAUAAAUAAGGUAUAAUAAGGUACAUGCAUGUAUUAUGGUAAGGAAUUUAACUGCUAAACAAGAGAUAUUUUUUGCUGAGUUUACUAAUUAAUAAAGCCUGUUAGCCGCUUUGAUGGAUGGCCGUACCUGUAAACACGCACAGCCAGCGAGUGAGACCGUAACGUGACUUUGCAAAGUAGCAGCGCUAAUUGGAUUACAGCAGCCACGUACAGUCAGGUCAUGUGAGGUCAAAGGUGAGUUCAGGUCAACGCAGACUGUUGAACUCAAGUCAGUAGGAUUCAAGGGAACACAGACAUGUUUUUGCCACUCCUUAAAUGCCCUCACCCUCUAGAUUUAAAAAUGGGUCCAUUUUAAAUCGUUGGGAUUUUGAUUUCGUUCAAAAUAAUCACCGGGUAUCAUCUCACUGUGCAUUUUUUAUUUGCUUACAAUAAAUAAAAUAAAAAUUAGCUUUUAGGAAUGUAGACAUCUAUCUGUCUCCAAAAGGGGACGUAAACUGUCAUGUCAAGCUGUCAAUGAAUCCGCUGUCAUUAUUGUACACAGAUAUUCAUCCUAAGUGACCAGUCUCAUCUCUGGCCUGCAUCUAGGGGUUAUGUCAUUUUAUUGUAGUUGUUUUGAUUCCUGAACGCGAGCGUAGACUACCAGAGCGACGUCCAACCCGAACUACAUCUCCCAUGUGGCAUUGCGAACGGUCCGUUUCUAGGCGUCUGGCUGGCAGCUAUCAGCGCAGACAGCCAGCGACACAACGGGAGCGGGUAUCUAUCCAACCUUUCUUUUUACACAUUAUUCGCUGACAAAGAUUCAUCACGUAACAGUCACCGGGGUUGGAAGAGGUAGUGGAUCGAGGAACCCCGCCGCCCCGUGACCCCUGCACAGAGAUAUGAGCGGCAGCGGGCGGCCCAGAACUAGCUCGUUCGCUGAGCCGCCAGGUGUUCCAGGAGCCGCCGCCGCCGCCGCCGCAGCGGCAGCCGGAUCAGCCGCUGCCGUGGGGAGCAGCACAGGAAAGUCCGGGGUCCCGCAGGCCUCGGGGAGCAGCUCGUCGGGAUGCUCGAACCUCAAGCUGGCCAGAGACAGCGGGAAGGUGACGACGGUGGUGGCCACGCCCGGGCAGGGUCCCGACAGACCCCAGGAGGUGUCCUACACCGACAUCAAGGUGAUUGGCCACGGGUCGUUUGGAGUGGUGUACCAGGCCCGCCUCAUGGACAGCCAGGAGCUGGUGGCCAUCAAGAAGGUGCUGCAGGACAAGAGGUUCAAGAACCGCGAGCUGCAGAUCAUGAGGAAGCUGGACCACUGUAACAUCGUCCGGCUCAGAUACUUCUUCUACUCCAGUGGCGAGAAGAAGGACGAGGUGUACCUGAACCUGGUGCUGGACUUCGUGCCUGAGACGGUCUACCGGGUGGCGCGGCACUUCAACAAGGCCAAGAGCAUCAUUCCCAUCAUCUACGUCAAGGUGUACAUGUACCAGCUGUUCCGCAGCCUGGCCUACAUCCACUCGCAGGGCGUGUGCCACAGGGACAUCAAGCCCCAGAACCUGCUGGUGGACCCCGAGACAGCCGUGCUCAAGCUCUGCGACUUCGGCAGUGCCAAGCAGCUGGUGCGCGGCGAGCCCAACGUGUCGUACAUCUGCUCCCGGUACUACCGCGCCCCCGAGCUCAUCUUCGGCGCCACCGACUACACGGCCAACAUCGACAUCUGGUCGGCGGGCUGCGUGCUGGCCGAGCUGUUGCUGGGGCAACCCAUCUUCCCCGGCGACAGCGGCGUGGACCAGCUGGUGGAGAUCAUCAAGGUGCUGGGCACCCCGACCCGGGAGCAGAUCAGAGAGAUGAACCCCAACUACACAGAGUUCAAGUUCCCCCAGAUCAAAGCCCACCCCUGGACCAAGGUGUUCAAGCCGCGGACGCCCCCGGAGGCCAUCGCGCUGUGCUCCCGCCUGCUGGAGUACACCCCCGCCACGCGCUUCUCGCCCCUGGAGGCCUGCAGCCACGCCUUCUUCGACGAGCUGCGCCAGCCCAACACCCGGCUGCCCAGUGGCCGCGACCUGCCCCCCCUCUUCAACUACAGCAGCGCUGAUGGAACCGGUUCCGACUCGUCUCAGCACAGCUCCGUACCGGGAUCCCUGAACAGCAUCUGAACCCCCGUCCCCCCAACGCAAACACAAACGCACACACACUUGAACUACACACACCUCAUCCCUCCCCCUUCCCAUACUGUGUACCUCCCAUUUCUACUACACACACCCACACACUACACGCACACAAACACACUACACAUGGAACAUAACCACUUGUUCGCUGUAUGACAGGGUGUAAAACUACAAGACUUGUACACUACACACACAGACACACACACACAGACACAUACACACACACACACCCGCGCACAUGGCGGUGUGUUUGAUUGGUCUCCUAGCUGCUAGGAUGUGAUCUAAGACAGAGGGCCGGUCCUCUGGAGAAUAUUACCAUGUCCUUUUUUUAUUUAUUGAUUGGAGAAUUUUAAAACUGUUGUGGCGACCAUGCGACUUUUAUUUAGCUUUUUUUUUUUUUCUCUUUGUGUCGUUAUUUUUGUACGUGACUGGAGUCGACGUUCCCGAUUGGCCGCUCACUGGCCCCUCCCCCCCCCCAUCCAUUCCCGGUCGAGCCACUCUGGCCGGUGAAAUUAAACCGUGAAUCUCUCUCCUGCUUCCUCUCACGUGAUUGGCCCACAUGUCGGCCCGGUGUGCGUCGGACUUCAGACCAAAACCACCUCUUGUGUUUUUAUCUGUUUACACUUCCGUUACCGUGUCAUGUUGAAGUUUCCCCGCAACCCCUCCCUCGCCGCGCCUGUGUGUGUGUGUGUGUGUGUGUGUGUUUUUGUGUGUGUGUGUGCGUGCGUGUGUGUGUGUGUGUUAUUUAUGUUUUAUUCCAAACUACGAUGUAAGCUGCCAGUAUUUUAGGACUCCCCGUUGGUGAAUAUGAUUCUUUGACUUUGUUAUUUUAUUUGACCCUGCCCUUCUGUCCGCUGCCUCUGAGCUCCACACGAGGGUCGUUGCCAUCUCCCCCCGUGUCAGUCGAUGCCUGCCCCCCCCCCAUCGGCCUGUCCGAUUUGUGCGGCCGAGAAACGAAACGCUAAAAGAAAUUAAAAACAAACAGCUCCUUUCCCGGCGUGGGUGCGUUGGUUUCGUGUCCCGGGGCGGGCCGGGUUGAUUGUUGUUGCACCCGGAGCCGUGCGGAGCUAUGAAGCGGUGUGAACCCCGCCCGGCCGCGUCGUCCCGGGGGGGCGAACCCAACGCCCCUCUGCCUCCUGGAGUCCAGAAGCCAUCUCCUCUCUCUCUCUCUCCUCCCUCCCUCCCUCAUCGUUGCACAUGUGUAAAUAGGACCUGGUUUUUAAUUUGUGCUCUUGUCGAUACGUUGUUUAUAUCGUUUUAUUUUAUUUUAUUUUUCCAUGUUUUCAUUGCAUCAUGACUGAAGCGCGUUUUUAGUUUUUUUUUGUAAAUACGUCCUGGGUUCCACGGUGUCCAUGGCGAUGCAGAAUGUAAAUAGAAGGUGAAACCGUGGGAGAGGAGACAUUCCACCGUCUGCCUCCUCCCCCCCGCCCUCCAUGUCUGUUAGGAUCUCUCUCUCCUCUCUGCCGCCCGGGUGUCUGUCUGUCCCUCGGGGCGGGUGUCUGUCUGUCCCUCGGGAGCGGGUGUCUGUCUGUCCCUCGGGAGCGGGCGUCUGUCUGUCCCCUGGGGGUGGGUGUCUGUCUGUCCCUCGGGAGCGGGCGUCUGUCUGUCCCUCGGGGUGGGUGUCUGUCUGUCCUUCUCGGGGGGCACUGUGGGUCCUUCUGUUUUCUAGAAACAGGAAACGCGUCAUUACCUCACAUAAAACGUUAUUUUAUUCUGGAGAGCGGUUGGCGGCGAUGGGUCGUCUUAAACCUGGGUCUUAAUGGUUCGGGGACUGUGGGGGGUCAAGGGUCAGAAGCCAUGUGGGGUCAUAGAGGGAGGGUGGUCGCGAGGCACUAUGGUGUACCCUGUUAGUAGCAGGCUGUACUCUAGGCUCGUCGGGUCCCCCGGAUGAAGUACUUCUUCUGUUCCCGGGGGUGCGUCCCGGUGGUUUCCUCUCCUCCAUCGCUGCUAGGGCCACCGUGCCCGGAGCGUGCACGUGUGAGUGCGCACGUGUGUGCGCGCGCACAUGCUCGUGGCCCAGAGAUUGUACUCUGGCCCGUGGUUUCAAACCGUAUCUUCUAGAAACCCGACCCGUCUGUGCAGAGGACCUCUGUGAAGCCGCUGUCGGUCCUAGCCGACACUUUUCAACACUUGAUAUUAUUUAGUUGUUUUGACUGUGGGUCUCGUUCGUUGUGAUGCUGUGUAGCUCCGGCCUCGCUCCGGGCCGACCGACGGGCGCAGGAGGAGAGAGAAACCACUGUUGUGUAUGUCACUACUUUGUGUAUGAUAUGGUGUCAUUUAAUAAAGUGAUGAAA